UUUUGCCCCUUACCCUCACGCACAAUAGUCGUAGUUUGUUGUAAUGCACACGUAUUUACAGUACUAAAAAACAAACAAAAAUGAUGUUGAGAUACAUUGGAUCUUAAAAUGCAUUUUUAUGCAUCAAUUCCAGUGCCUCUUAGUAUUUUUCACUAGAACCAGCAUUAUUGUAUUCUUUUGUGAUGCCCCCGCCGAUGCUGUUGCAGCAGCUGCUGCUGCUUCUGCUGUUCCUGAGCUGCUGGCGUGGAGUCACUUCUAGCCCUACAGACGACAGUGUAGCGAGGACCGACCACGGGGAUCAGGGCGAGCCGGGAUUUGAAGAACAGCACCAGGAUUCUUACAGCUAUCCUUUCCCCACUGCGCCUCCUGUAGAUCCUUUCGCCAGAAUCAAAGUGAGUGACUGUGGGGUAACGAAGGGCUGCUUCAGGUAUGGGAAGCCAGGUUGUGAUGCAGAGACCUGUGAUUACUUCCUCAGCUACCGCAGGAUCGGAGCCGAUGUUGAGUUUGAGUUGAGUGCGGACACUGAUGGUUGGGUGGCGGUCGGGUUUUCAUCCGAUAAGAAGAUGGGAGGCGAUGAUGUCAUGGGGUGUGUCCACGAUGACAAUGGCAGGGUUCGGAUCCAUCAUUUCUACAACGUGGGGCAGUGGGCCAAGGAGAUUAAGAGGAACCCAGCACGGGAUGAGGAGGGGAUAUUUGAAAACAACCGAGUGACCUGCAGGUUCAAGCGUCCGGUUUAUGUUUCCCGGGAGGAGACUAUUGUGGACCUGCACUUGAGCUGGUACUACCUGUUUGCAUGGGGACCAGCCAUUCAAGGAUCAAUCACUCGGCACGACAUUGAUGCCCCGCCUGUGUCAGAUCACAUGAUCAGUAUCUAUAACUACGAGGAUGUCUUCAUGCCCUCAGCAGCCUAUCAGACAUUCUCCUCUCCCUUCUGUUUGCUCCUCAUCGUCGCACUGACUUUUUACUUACUGAUGGGGACUCCGUAACCCGGGACGUGCACAGGAACAAUUAAGAAACAGAAUAAUCAUUUUUAAAGACUGGUGACUGGGAAUCACUGGCAGCAAAUCGAUCGGAACUGUGCCAUUUACUAUUACACGGGAAGAAACUGUCAGGUAAUUGAGCAAAUGAUUGUAGUGCCACCAUCUAACCAAAACACUCAAAAUCCAUUUGUGAAAAUAGCUUCUUAUUAGGCUGAGCCAUUCUCUAAGGUGAUGUAUGUUUACGUUGUUCUACAAUGUUCUUAUGAUGUUCAUUCUGCAGUGUUAUUACAAGGGAUUUACAAGAUACCCGUAACUGAUAGUCUGUAUUGUCUUUAGGAAGUAUUUAUUGGCAGGUAUCCAAUACAUCCAUUCACAACGUGUUGAUUCCAAAACGAAAAAAGUUAUCUCCCUCACGUUUACAAUUGACAAUUUACGGCCUCAGUAUGCCAGUAUAAAUCCAAUCAUGCAUCCAUGCGUCUAAGAAGAAAAAACGAUCCUGUGCGUUCCCUAUUGCACCUUGCACACUGAGUCCGUAAUUGUCGUACGACGGUGAUGUGUCAAUUUUGGAAUUGAAACAAGUUCGAUUUGAUCCGAUUUGACAUAUGUUAAAAAUUACACUGACCAAUGAAAAACGACUGGGAAGACAAGUGGAUUCUUGCAGUUCCUGUUUUUGUGUUCAACAUGGCUCUAAGCGAAGCUUAUUCUCUGUGUAGCCGACCACGAAGAACUGUAUAAUAAAGCACAUAAAGAAUACAAGGACACCUAAAAAAAUGAAAACAUAUGGCAAGCUACUGCGGUGGAGCUGGGCAUGGAAUUUUUGGCUCCAACCACAGAGAGUAGACUGUAACUUUUUAGAGUGAAAUAUAGUCAUAUCGGUUUGUAUCGCUAUGACAAAAUAUGCUUUUGUGUAGCCCUACAGAAUUGUAGAACAGUUUAAAUUGUGACAUUAGGGCUGUUUUUCCGAAUAACCUUUUUAUUAUGUUGUCCAAUUGGAGCUCCUGUAUCAGCCUGUGAUACUCCCCCAGUUCUUUCCGCUUCUUUAAUAUUGGGUGCAUCCAAUAAAUUGCCUUUUUUUGCGUUUUUGGCUUUGACUCCACAGGUAAUAGAUCUUCAUCAUCGCUGCUGGAGCUGGUUGAAGGUAACUCUGCCAUUUUUUUUUUCCUUGUGUGGUUUUAACGCAUCCAAUGUUCAAUCAACUUGACGGACGAUUUUUCGGAUGUGCGUAAUGGCCUUAACACUAAAAAUGCCAGCACCCCGGAUGAGAGAAAUUAUACCCCAAGCAGCUUUUAAAACACUCAGCGCAUUAGUUAAUUCUCAUUGACUGAAAUCAAAAUCUUAUGAAUGGAUUUAUUGGAUACCUGCCAUUAAAUACUUAAAGACAAUACUGAGUAUGACUAACAAAUAUUCUGCACACCCAUAAUUAUUACAGUAGUUUUAUACAUGUGGGCCAGAGUUGAAUGUGCCAAUUAUACUUGUUCCAAUAGGUAUGUCAGCCCUUGUGAUGUUAUGGUGAAGAUCAGUGUAGUCGUUUGCCCACAUGUAUCAUACAGUGUUCUCGAGACUGAAACAAUAAUCAGUCAAUAGACUUCUUCAUACUGGGAUUAUAUACUCUUGAAUACCCAACUGAAAUAGAAUGUUUUGAGUUAAAUGUUGAUUAUAACCACGCUAAUUAUCUAUGCGUGUGUGUAUGUGUGUGUGUGUGUGUGUGUGUGUGUGUGUGUGUGUGUAAGGAUAUUCUUAUGAUUUUUAAUGCUACUGAGAUUAUGUAAAAUAAAAAACUCAGUAAUUCCUUCAGAAGCAGGUUGUAAAUGAAAACAACUGCACUGUAAAAGUGCACUGAAUGGUGAUCAAAUGGCUGCAUAUUGAACUGGCUAUAAUGACUUUCUAGAAAGACCUUGGAUGCUGGAAAGACCAUGUCAGCCUGCCGAUCAAUAUGUAAGGAAGGCUAUGUGAAAGAGCUGUUUAAAAAAUGGUUAUAUUACAGUACUGCUGUAUUUUUAGGUUCAAAUUGUUAGUGUGCAUAGAGCAGAGCAAAUCCGAUAGGGGGUGCAAAAAAGGAAUACUAUAAAGCCAUAAAUAUUUGCCAGCCUUUUAUUAUGCGUUUUUCCCGUAUGAAAAAAAAAAAAAACUACAAACAUUUUUGGCACGAAUAUCAAAUUCCAUUAACAAUACAUACUUAGUAUAUUGCAAGAGAUCGGUAACAUUUCUGGAACAAAAUAGGUUUUAUGGCUGUGAUUCGCCAAAUAUUUUGGUUGCAAAUAUUUAUGGCUUUACAGUAUAUAAGUACAACCAUUAUUUUAAUAUACAUAGAUCUAUAGUAGGAUUUUGGCAUAACAGACCCAGUGGCCAAAUAUUGUAACUGCUGUUGAAAAAGACUGCAUACAGUGCCCCCGGUGUCUGCAUGUUGAAAUAGCAACAAAGAUGUUAAAGGGAACGCCAGAGCCACAUUUUUUGCACACAUCUAAAUUGUUAUAUUCUACAGAUCUGUGGUUAUAUGCAAUAAAAUAAAUGUUUUUAGAAUUGAA